CAAGGUUGUCGCCUACGGAUUGAAAUAGUACUAGAAAUCAUUUCAGCUACAAAUUGGGUUAUAGGUAUACGAUGCCACUAUACUAUGUCAUGGAAUACAAUCAUAUCGGGGUAAAGUCGGAGGAAUUCAAGGGUUAGAAGCAAUAUCUAUGUUCAUUGAAACUAUAAGAGAGGCAUUGACCCUGAUCAUGUCUUGCUUACUGGAACAAUUUCACCUUGUGGUCAAGAGAAGAACUUGGAAUGGGUUUAACUCAAAAAGAGGAUAUGGGAAACAUGUAUGUCGGCAAUGUCGCGAUAGAGUGGAAGAAGCUAUGUUGGUGUUCAGAAAUUUUAUUUUUUUAAUUAUUAUAAUAAUGAGAUGCUUUUUUAAUAGAUUAAUAUUUAUUAUUUUUUAAUUGCCACGUCACCUAUUUAACGGUUAACUAUGAGAGUUGACUGCCACCUCAAUAAAAGUUAAUGGAGACUAACGACCAGUGAUCAAACUUAGACUAUGCAACUAAUUUGAGUGACUAUAAAUGCAAUAAAUUAAUUUUAGUGACAAAUGUGAACUUUUAUAGCAAUUCAAGUGACCAAACUUGCAAUUUAACCCAUGCCUUUUUAAAAAAAAUUCUAUUAAAAUAUCCCACAUCAUGGUUGAACCGAGAGUUAGACUACCUGACAUCGGCAAAUGAGAGGAAAACUGUCCGUUUUACCCAUGAUUUAUAUCUCUAGCUCUCGUUAAAGUGAAAUUAUUAGAGAUCUUUGGCUAUACAAAACUAACAAAAAAAUUGUAAAGUAAAAUUAUUAAGAAUAUUUUAGACAUUUGGGUAGCCUAAACCAAGGUUUGACCGUGGUUGACUUUGGUGAAAUUUUAACAAAAGGGCAUGUUUGAUAAUUGAUUUGGGCUUAAUUGUACAAUUUUUACCCCGGGAUUCCUUAGUUUUUGAGGCAUUUUUACUAUGGGAGGUUUGGUUUUACGCUGGGUUUUGUCUCAUUUUUGUGUAUUUCGGUCUAUAGCAGGUGGAACCAACCCCAGAGUCGAAAGUUGGACGAAAAGGCGAAAAUCGGGUCAAAUGAUGGAGGCAGUAGCAGAUCACAGUGGAAGCAGUGGGUUCGAGGUCAGGGAGACCGUGAACUGGAGCCGCAAACUGUGGACCGUUAGGUGUCUAGAGACAUUUUGGUUCUCACUUGAUUCAAGCAAGUUCACGGUUGUAAGACCGUGAACCCAAGCCAGAGACCCUGAACUGAGUUAGUGAUGCGGCACAUUUUGCCCCGAGAUCUCGGUCCCUGCUUAGAGUUCACGAUCGUGAUCUGGGACCGUGAUUUGAGCCCGACCUGGGUAUUAAAGGGGGGGGGGGGGGGUUUGAGCUGAAGGAAAAGGAUGAGGAGAUCUUGAGUGAGAAAACCUUCUUCUUUAGCAUUCUAGAGAGAGAAAGUGACGAGCAAGAAGAGAGAAGAAGCUAGGGUUUCAUUCCAAAGCAAGAAUUUGGGAAAAUCUUCCCUAAAUGAAGAUCUCUUCUACACAAGGAAUGAUUCAAGCAUCUUCAUGAUGGUUUUUUUAUUCUUUCUCCUUGUGUUUUUCCCUCUUCUAGCAUGGAGUAGUUUCCCUUUUCACUUGGGUGUUUGUGAACCCUAACUUCUACCAUGUGAUUGAUUGUAUGGAAUGAUUGUCUAUGUGUGGGUGUGUUUUAAUACGAAUUUGGAGGUAUUUUCAUGGAAGAUUGUAUUGUGUGUUUGCCUAUCAAUCUAUUUGCCAUUCUAACCUAUUGGGGUUUCUUAGGCAUAUCAUGUCUCCUAUCUAGGUUAAUGUAGGGCAUCCAUCCUUGUUUGUGUCGUCACCUAGGUUGAUUGUGUUUUGGUCAUCCGAAUUCCGAUUCGAGAGUGAAGGUUUGGUAGUCCAUAGUUGAUUAGGCCAAGAGAGCUACCUUGAUAGCUUAAUCCGAAUUCCUUGGCCUAGGGACCGAGAGAGUGAUGUUUCAUCACUAGCUACACUUCACUUAAGGUUCUCAAUCACCUCCUCCAUACAUUUUCAGUCAUUCCGACAAGUCAUGGUAGCGAGUUAAGGGGGGCUAAACCCGGGUGAAUCCUUCUCAUUUAAGAGUCAAAACCAAUUUCAUUUACAAUUGCUUUAAUAGUAGAACGUAGUUUUCAAUCAAACAACCAAUCACUAGAUAAUGUUUCAAACAAUCCAAGUGGGGUACAUGGACCGGCCGGGUUGAUAUUUGAAUUUAUUUCCAUAUGUUGCACCCAAUUAAGGUUUAUACUUGGGCCUUAAUUGAGAAUUUUAUUGUGAUCUUCGGGACGAGUCAAUAGUUUUUCCAAAGUUUAGGGGCAUUUUUUAUUUAAAAAAUAGAGUAAUGUUUAUUUUUUAUCCCAACUUUUUCAGAUUCUUGUAUAUUAUCCAAACCUAUCAAAAUGCUAUUAAUUAGUCAAAUCUUUUGUAAUGGAUCAACAUAUUAGCCAUUUUUACGUUGUCGUUAAUAAUUUUGUAACUAUUUUCUUAGUUAAAAUACUAAAAUUUUGGAAUGUUGACAUUCGUGUGUCUCUUCCAAGCCAGUGUCAUGUUGUCAAGUCAAUAUUAAUAACAAAAUUGCUAACUGGAAGUUAACAUUUCACUAAUUCUUAGUAUUUCGAUGGGUUUGGAUAAUAAAAAAAAAGUACAAAAUGUUUGGUUAAUAAAUAGUCAUUGCCCUAAAAAAUAAUAAAGUAGCAUAUUUGAUAAAAUUGUAUAAUAGAGGAACAUAUUUUACCUAUAACCCUUACAAAUUCAAAAUCAUCUUCUUACUAUACGCUACUUUCCCGCAACUAGCUCUAAAGGUUUAUUUUAAUAACUUGGCUGUAAAUUUAUAAAAGCAAACUUACAUUCAUAUGUCUGCUAGCAAAGUUGAAAUAAGAGAAAUUGGGGGUCUCGAAAGUCAAACUCCCAUCUGCAUUCAGUUUUACCACCUUUAUUUCAUUUCUCCCUGAGAAUUGCCAAUCAAUUUUCCAAAAUUUGAACCAUUCGUAAUUAAAUUAAAGUUUCCAAAUUUUCUUUCAAAUGACAAAUAAAACUUCAAGAACUGUUAAGGGAGAAAUAACCUAUGCAUUGUAUUUGUACCUUUCGUUGCAAAUGGAGCGGUCGCUAUUGAUUGGAUGUAAAAGUCAAAGCUAAAAACAAAAAUUAGCUAAAAGUAGGAUAUACUAUUAAUGGGACCAAAAGCUACCCCAAGCCUUAAUAUCCGGCACAAUACUAAAAUUGGCAACAUUAACCCUAGCAAACUCCUUAUAUAUAAGGUCACCAUCAACUCCAAGUUCAUCAAAUAAAUUGAUAAUUAUUUAGUAUCUUAAAUAAUCCACUUCGGUAUUGAAGAGUGGUUUCUGGCUGAGCUAAUAAUCAAUUUUUUUCGGCUUAGCCAAAGGAAUAAAACUUUAUUUUUUUCUUUUACCUUCUAAUUUUUCAUUUUGGGUCGAGGGUUAUUUUCAAUUGUUCAAAAAGAAGAAAAGCUACAAGUUGAAAAAUGAAGGGAUCCUCAAUGACAACAGUAGCACUACUAUUGGUAAUGGUAAUGAUCUGUGGAGGAAUGAGCAACGCUCAUGAUGAUCUACCUCAACAAAGCGUGUUCGAUAUCACAAAAUACGGUGCAGUUUGCGAUGGGAAAACUGAUAUUUCUAAGGCACUGACCAAGGCUUGGUGCGAUGCAUGCGCGUCAACCUGUGCCUCUAAAGUGGUGAUCCCACCAGGAGACUACCUAUGUGGGGUUACGAACUUAGCUGGUCCAUGCAAGGCACAGAUCGAGCUUGAAAUCAAUGGAAACCUCAAGGCUCCCUCUGUCAUUAAGGGUGAAGACUGGCUCGUCGUUGAAUAUGUGAAUGACGUCAAGGUCUUCGGUACCGGCACUCUGGAUGGCCAAGGAGGCACCUGUUGGGAGAAAAAGGGUGAUCGUGCACCGAACAUGAGGUUCCAGAACAUCAACAAUGGGUGGGUAGAGGGACUGACCAGCAAAGAUAGCAAGUUCUUCCACAUGAGCACUUUAUACGUGAAGAACAUGACCCUGACCAAGCUGCACAUGAUUGCUCCGGCGGAUAGCCGCAACACCGACGGAAUCCACAUAAGUAGAUCCUCAUGCAUCACUGUCACGGACUCCUCCAUCGCCACCGGUGACGACUGCGUCUCCAUGGCCGAUGGCCUCGACACGAUCACCAUCAGGAACGUCAAGUGCGGUCCUAGCCAUGGCAUCAGCAUUGGCAGCCUUGGCAAGUACGUUACCGAGACACCGCUCAAGUCAAUCACCAUUCAGAACUGCACCAUUGCCGACUCCGACAAUGGGAUUAGAAUCAAGUCAUGGCCCGACAUGUUUGCUACCUCCUUGACUGACGUCCAUUUUGAAGACAUCAUCUUAGAAAACGUCGACAACCCGAUAAUCAUUGAUCAGAUGUACUGCCCCGAUGGCGCAUGCAAGUCUAAGGGUCCAUCAAAGGUUCAGAUCAGUGACGUGUUUUUCAAGAACGUGAAGGGAACUUCCAAGUGCAAGGAGAUCAUCCAGUUGAUCUGCAGCAGCUCUCACCCUUGCCAAAAUGUACAAAUGUGCGAUGUUGACAUCACCUACGAAGGAGGUGUUGGACAGGCGGUUUGUGAGAACGUUAAGCCUGUAAUUUCAGGAGUCAUGAACCCAAAAGGGUGCUAGAUGAUAUAUGUAACUACUACGUACUCUGGGCACGACAAUAUUAAUCCAUGCAUGCCUAGCUAUCCUUCCCUCCUCAACAGUUGACACUUUCUUCCUGUUUAUAUUUUCCCUGACCCAUUUAACGCAUUGGGAUUUUGGCCCUUUGUGUAGGGAAUCACUUUGUAAUAUCCAGAAUUAGAGGUGUUUAAUAAUAUUGUAUAGUAAUUUUUACCUGGCCCGUGGGCUGGAUGAAUCUUAUCUAUAAUUUUUUUAUCUUGUUAUCAAGCUUAUUAAUUUGGAAUGAACCAUUAACUCAGUCAUUUGACUAAAAGGGUUAAAUGGUUCCACCAGGCAACCUGAUUAUCCUAAUUUUAUCUUAUUUGAAAUAUAUAUUAGGUAAAUGUAUGGGUGAGAUAGCAUGACUACACCCACUAUUAAUUAUAGGUUUUUAAGAUAAUUAAUUUGUGUUGCAUUUAGUAAUUCAUCCGAAUUAAAAACUCAUAUUAAUUACAUUUCUUUUUUGUGUAAUGAUAUUCGUGUACAUGUACAAUGGUAGUUGUAUCUAUGCAAUGGUAUUAGUGAACAUGUGCAAUGGUAGAUUCGUGUACAUGUACAAUGGUAGUUGUAUAUGUGCAAUGGUAUUAGUGAACAUGUGCAAUGGUAGUUGUAUCAGCACAAACAAAGAAAUGUAAUUAAUAUGAGUUUUUAAUUCUCAAAAAUUAUUAAAUGCAACAUGAAUUUAAUAAAAAAUAACUAUAAUUAAUAGGUGGUUGUCAAGCUAACCGACCCUGUAAAUAUAUGAUGAUAUCUUAAUGGCUAAAAUGUAAUAUAUUUUACGGGUAUCAAAAUGGUUGGGUCAACUUACUAAUCCAAAAAAAUUAUAAUUAUAUAUAUAUAUUAUAUAAUUAUUUGAUAUAUUAAUGAUUAAAUUAUAAUGUAUUUUGUAUCGUUUGGUAUUUUUAGUGACAAAUUAAAAAAAAAUUAGUAAUCCAAGAGUGGGGGGCGGUUGGCAGUAAGAAUGGGCUCAAACCCCAAAACCAAUUGACAGAGGGCCAUAGAGAAAUCCAAACCGAGGCAUCUACCUCAACCACUUAUCAAUUGUCUGAAUGCUAUCAUGGCUCGCUUUUGGUGGGGCGCGACUCAAGGACAAUGACGGAUUCAUUGGCGAUCUUAGAAGGCUUUAUGUUUACCAAAGCAAGAUGGAGGAUUAGGGUAUCGGGAGUUCGGAUGUUUCAAUAAGGCAUUACUUGCCAAAGUUGCUUGGAGGGUUCUUCAUGACUCUACUAGCUUGCUGUCAAGGAUUUACAAAUCCCGUUAUUUUGGAGUAUCUGGGGAGUUCUUGAGUGCAAGGGUUGGAAGCAACCCAUCUUGGGGAUGGCGCAGUGUCUUGUUCGGUCGUGCACUUCUUAAGGAGGGGCUUAGGUGGCAGGUGGAUGAUGGGUUGAGCAUUCGAGCUUUUGAGGAUCACUGGCUGCCAACCAAUCCUCCGUUGACCCCUAAAUCUCCUACAGGUAUUGCUAACCCUUCCUUAUGUGUGUCUGCUUUAAUUGAUCCUGGUUCAAGAACUUGGAAUCUGGCUGCGUUGCAUCAUUUCUUCUAGGCGGAGUCCAUCUCUUCAAUCCAACGGAUUCCCCUUGUGCAUAGAAACUUUCCAGAUACUCUAAUCUGGCAUUAUGAGCCCAAUGGUAAGUUUCAGUUAAGUCUGCUUUCCAUCUUGCAUUUUGACAGCAACAACCUCCUUCUUCUAAACCCAUAAUUGAUUACAUGGAUCUGAACCUAUGGAAUUGGUUAUGGAGUCGAAAGGUUCCUCCCAAAUUACUUUUCUUUUUAUGGCAAUGUGUGCAUCGUAUCCUUCCCACUCGUGAAGCUUUAGUAACUAGAGGGAUGGAGAUUAUUCCGAUUUGCCCAGUUUGUGGUCACAAAGAAGAAACAAUAGAGCACUUGUUCUUUCGAUGUCCAACAGCUCGUCGAUUAUGGAAGAUGGUGGGACUGCAUAGGCAUCUUGGGAGAGGGCAUAAAGGUUCUUUCAUUGGUUUUCUUCGACACUCUUUAUCUAAAGAAACAGGGUCGGAUAUGGAUUACCUUGUUUUGCAAUUUGUUUCUCUGUUAUGGAGGGUUUGGAAAAACUGGUGCUCAAUUUAUCAUGAGUACAAACAGGUCAGAAUUGAGACUCUUGCAGCUCAAUGGAAACACCAAGUUGCGGAGAAUGACAGAGCUCUUCUUCAAUCCUCUUCGACUAGUGCCAUCUCUUUCGAACUGUAUUCAUCCCAACACCCUAUGCUCGACGAGGAGAGUAUUGUGUUUCAUUUGAUGCUGAGGAGGUAGGUUCGGCAGCUUAUGUCAUUUAACAUGCUUCCGGUGAUAUCGUAGGAGCAAAGGCACAACUGUACGACGAUUGCGCAUACCCUUAUGUUCUAGAAGCUUUGGCGCUCCAAAAUUGUUUUCUAGAAUGCAAGGUUCGCCAUUUGACUAAUGUUCAGAUUCAAGGGGAUGCCAAGGUUCUGAUUGACAAAUGCAGAGCCGACGAUUAUUGUGACUCCAAGAUUGGUAUUCUGCUCCGGGAAAUCGUUAUGCUUAUGCAAGAAGUUCAAGUAGCUUCUGUGACUUUUGUAGGGCAUUCGAACAACGAGUUGCUCAUUCGGUAGCACGUAAAGCUCUGAUUUUGUCGUCUCAUCUACUGGCGGGGUUUGACUAUGUUACUUGGUUACGUAGUAGAUAGAUUGUCUCGAACAAUGAUCUUUCUAUUGCCUCUUUUUGGAGGAAUCUAUUGGGGAAAAAAUCUGAUCUAGUUUU